AUGGACCCCCAGAAGAUGAGCUACGAGGCUGGACAGGCUCAGGGCCAAGUUCAAGCCCAAACUGAGGAAAAAGCUAACAACUUGAUGGACAUGGCUAGCAAUGCUGCUCAGUCUGCCAAGGAAACCAUGCAAGAGGCUGGUCAACAGGUGAUGGCCACAGCACAAGGAGCAGCUGAUGCUGUAAAGAAUGCGACUGGCAUGAACAAAAAUUGA